UCCUUCCACCGGCCUAUUUCGAAGAUCAGAGGGAAAUAUCUGCCAUCUUUGCCUGUAGCAUUUAAGGUAUUACUGAAAUAAUGUCGACAGAUCAACUGCUUCUAUGUUACAAUAAGGGUUGUGGAAAACAAUUCAAAGACGACGAAAAUGGAGAAGAUGUGUGUUUACAUCAUCCAGGCUGUCCAGUAUUUCAUGAUGCUUUGAAGGGCUGGUCCUGUUGCAAGAGAAGAGUUACAGAUUUUACAGAAUUCUUAAACAUUAAGGGUUGCACUAAAUCAUGUCAUAGUAAUGUGAAACCUCCAGAACCAGAAAAACCAAAUAAAGAUGAUAAGGCUCUUGGACUUGAUGAGGUGAUUAAAGUUGAACCACCCAAACGAAAACCAAUACCAACUGAACCUGCAGAAAGACCAAGUGAUGACCUCCCUAAAAUAAAACUAAAAAUGACAGUAGCAGAUUCUUUGAAGAAAGCCUUGGUAAAACUUAAAGAACAAGAAAAGGAUAAACCUGGAGUUUGUGAAUGUAGUGAAACUGAUGGCGGAAUUAAACCUGGAACAACUUGCAAGAACAGUGGAUGUACUACAUCAUAUAUCGAUGAAAGUACAAAUGAUGAUAAGUGUUGGCAUCAUUAUGGAGUACCAGUGUUUCACGAAGGGUAUAAAUUUUGGACUUGUUGUCGGAAACGAACAACAGACUUUGAUGAGUUUUUGAAACAGGAAGGAUGCACCUCAGGGUCUCACAGAUGGGAACUAACAGAAGAGGAAAAAGAGAAAAGAGUAUUAUGUCGGUAUGAUUGGUACAAGAUGGGAAAUUUUAUUGUCAUUUCAGUAUUUGCCAAGCUAAGUGAUCCUCAACAAACUUUUGUAGAAGCAAAUAAAACAGUUGUUAAAGCCCAUGUGGUGUUUGGGGGUUCAAAUAUAUUUGAACUUCAGCUCAAUCUUCAUGGGGUGAUUAUUCCAGAAAAAAGUUCAGUGAUGUUAUCCCAGACAAAGGUGGAGAUAAAACUACGAAAAGAAGAUAUUGGAAACUGGCCUUCUCUGGAACUAAAGAAAUCCACGGAAGAAAUCCCAGCGAAAACGGAAGAGUCAAAAUAAAUUCAACUUUCACAAUGCGGAACAUAAAAUACAAAUAACAGAUAGCUACCUCAAACUACAAGUAUCACAAACGUUUUCCUGUGCGUGGCAAUUUUUCUUGUAGUUUUAGAAUCCCUUAAGGUCCUUAUUUAAUCUUCUUGCUCGCUUUUGAAAAAAAGAAAAAGGAUAACAAAGAGAGGAGACAUUGCAGUGCAAUGAUUAUUUGGUUAUUUCGCUAUUGAUUUUCUUUGACAAGACACCACCUGAGCCAUUGAACUCUUUUUUAAUUAAGCUGAGGAACUGGCAAAAAUAGUCCGACAAAAGCAUUGUCAUUAGAACAGAUAUGCUGCCUUUUUUGUUGGCAAUAUGGUAAUAAAGAAAUUGGAACGGAUUGUGA